AUGGACAGGAAGGCGCUCCUUGUCCCGUGCGGCCUCGUUCUGGGAUCCAGCUACCUGGCUACGAGCAUACCCACCACCUUCGCCCUCGACCGACCGCUGCACACCAUCGCAGCCGUCCUGCUGCUCUCGGGGCUCGCCAUUGUCGCCUAUGAGACACGCGCCGCGACGGCACGCCGACCCCACAACCACCUUGAGCGCCAUGUCGCCAUCCCACUCCAGAACGGCAACGGGCGACCUUCAUCCGACGAAGCAUGGUCGUCCGAGGAGCGCACCUUCCCCUAUCGCGGCCUCAGCCAGCGCGCCCUCGCUGUCAUGCUAGCUGCGCUGCUGUGCCUGCUGGGCGCCCGCAUCGCCGUCUUCCACGCCGUUCUCAAGGACGUCGAGUGCGCAGGACCACAACUCACGGCAUUCCUGCCGCUCGUCCUCGCCCUCUUCCACGCCUAUCGCACGCCCAGAGACCGUCCGUUGCCCGUGUGGAGCGCUGACUCAUCGUCUGUGACUUAUCUCGACCGUUUCGUGCACUUCUUCCUCUACGGAACCACUCGCUACAUCCUUCCUUCGCUCCUGCUGGCCAUCAGCAGCUUCAUCACCACUCUUCGGACCAGCGUGUUGCGCUCGACGUACAUAUGCCCCGUAUCGACCUCCGCCGCUUCCCUUGUUCCGAAACUACAGUCUCUUGGUUUUCUAGUAGACUGCAUCGUGGUAUUGCUUCUUUAUCGUUUGGUAGAUGAGGGGCUUUCCCAAUCCGAAAGCAACUCACCUGAGCCCAAAGAUGGCACCACCGUUCACGGCCUCAUUGGCUUCACUUUCAUCGCAUCUGCUAUACUUCUCGGCAUAGCGGGCAUAGUCGUCUACACUACACUGCCCGAACACCGCGAAUGGCUUUUUUCAGCCCCUCGCGAAUACCUACUUGGUCUUCUUCGUUUGUCUUUGAUGAUACCCCUAACGAUGUUAUGUUUCCUUGUCUCAGCUCGAAUGUACGGUGUCAUGGGUGCCGUACUCAUCGCGGCCUUUUCUUCUGCAUUUAUCGGCGUUCUACGGGCCCUUGCCAUGGGCGUUUCUUGUUCCUUUCCUCCAAAGUCUACAGCCGGUGUCAGCCUCUGCCUUACUCUCCUUACAAUUGCUUUGGUACUCCAACUCGUUGCCGACGCUAUCGACUCUGGUCAGAACCGACCAAAGAUGCCGGUCCGUCUGGGACGCAAUCAGACGGUCUCGGUAGUAGCACUCCUAGUCUUCUUUUCCAUUGGUGUUGGCGUGUAUCGUUACCAACAGCCCGUUGUAGGGCAUCCCAUCAACACCUUGCUUGCGAUAGCCGACGAACAACACCAACGGUGGGCAUUCCAAGCCUACCAAAGCAAAUCACUAGCGCAAGCAGUUAUUCGCUAUCAAGAACGGUACUCGCGAGAUCCGCCUCCACACUUCGACAAAUGGUACGAAUUCGCAACAAACCGAGACACCAUUGUCAUUGACGAUUUCGACAACAUUGAAGAGGAUCUCAUCCCAUUUUCAUCCCUCAAGCCAGCAGAGCUGCGGAAACGUACUGCCGAAAUUCUCGCACGCAACCAAGAUCUUGGUGGUAUCCGGAUAAGAGAUGGAAAGGCUGAAAUCUUCGGCAGUUCCCACUCCGAGCAGAAAUGGAUGUUGGACGGCAUAGUUCGCAUGAUUGGAAAGUUUGUCGAAUUCAUCCCGGACAUGGAUCUUGCUUUCAACCUUAACGAUGAACCUCGCGUUGCCGUACCCUACGAACAGUUUCAGGCAGCUCGCAUGCAUCAUUUGCACUACCCUGAGCAUACGGCCGCCGACGGAACCAUCGACUUCCGUCUAGAUCGCGCAUCCACUUGGACCGAAAUCGCUGGAUCACCGCGGGUAUUCGAUCAAGCCGGAAGAAAGCCGUCAUUUCAGACCUAUGGCUCUGUCGCCUGCUCACCAGAAUCGCGCGCACGAAACGAACGGCGCUGGGAUACCGGUGCAUUUUGCUCCGCCUGCUCUGCCCCUCAUUCAAUGGGUGCUUUCGUCGCGAAUUGGAGCCUGUCAGCCAGUCCUUGCCAUCAACCAGAUCUCGCCAAUCUACAUGGAUUUCAUUUGAGCCCUGCAGGUCUCUCCGGGACUCACGAUCUAGUGCCUAUCUUCAGUCAAAGUCGUGCUCCAGGAUACGCAGACGUCCGGUAUCCUUCGCCUUGGAACUACUUGGACAGGCAAAAGUACGAGUUUGGAGAGAACUACCCAGAUCCCAACUUUGCCAAAAAGGAAAACGUCUUAUUCUGGCGCGGAGAAACAACAGAAGGAGUCAGUAUAGCUGGCUCGUGGAAAGGCAUGCUCCAACAGCGCUUUGUUCAUCUCAUAAACAACGAGACGUCUCGGCAACCUAUCUUUCUGCCGACUGGAAGCAAAAAUGGCAGGCUAGAGUACGUAAUGGAACAACCGGGACAGAUCCAAGAGCUACUGGAAACCAAGGUUGAUGCACGCUUUGUGGGUGAUAAUGCCCAGUGCGAAGGUCAGGAUUGCAUUGACCAAAAGCUCGAGUUCUGGUCGGGCAAGGAUGUCGAUUUCAGAGACCACUGGCGCUACCGUUACCUGUUCGACACGGAUGGUGUGGGUUUCUCAGGUCGCUUCCUCCCUUUCCUUCAAUCCAACAGUGUCGUCUUCAAGACAGCGCUUUUCCGCGAAUGGCAUGAAGGUCGUCUGACCGCUUGGAAACACUUCGUCCCCGUUGACUUCCGUCUUCACGACCUCUUCUCCUCUCUUGCAUACUUUGGCGGCUACAGUUUGAGGGAGAAGGGUAAGCGCACAAUGGAACCGCGAGACAAACAGGCGGAGGCGAUUGCAAGAAACGGCAAAGUCUGGACGGAGAAGGUGUUAAGAAAGGAGGACAUGGAGAUCUACAUGUUCAGGUUACUGCUUGAGUGGGGUCGACUGACGGACGACCGGAGGAAAGACGUUGGGUUUCGUAUGGAUACCAGAGGGCGCAAAGGAAAGGACGGAAAAGGCAGAAUUUAG